AUGAAUAAUUUUACCAUUAUUAUUGAAACACCAUUUACACAACAGCUUCAACCAUAUUCUGUUGCUAUUGAUAAUGGGCUUAUCAAAGGCUCUGAUAUUCGAGUCUAUCGAAUAUUAGACGGGCGAGAAAUUGAAGUAAAAUCAACUGGUGAUUUUAUAGUACAAAAUUCGGAUUCCAAUUAUCAAGUCAUACUUAAAUUACAAGCUCCAUCAACGAUUGGUUUAUAUGUUUUGCCUUUCAGUUAUAAAACUACCAAACUAUAA